AUGGUGCUGAAGAAGACUUCCCUCUCCACGACCCUCUUCGGGUCGAAUAGUGGGGCACAGACCAAGACUGCCACUGCAGAUGUGGGACAAGACGAGCACGACAACGAGAAUACCCUUCGGAAAGGCAAGGGAAAGGAUGCGAGCGUGGAGGAUGGCGAUAGCAAGAUCAUUCUCGUCGACUUUGAUGAGGGCGACCCGGAGAAUCCCAAGAAUUGGAGCAAGGGCAGGAAAUGGCUUACAACUUUCCUGCUAAACGUCAUGACAUUGACGAUUGGUCUGAGCACGACGGCGUACUCGAGUGGUAUCGAUGGGAUGGUGGAGGACCUCGGGGUGUCGACUGAGCUAGGUCAAUUGGGCCUGUUCAUGUUCAACGCGAGCUGCGCUAUUGCACCCCUUUUCCUCGCACCCUUUUGCGAGUUGACCGGACGCCGCGUGGUGUACGUCUCUGCCUUUGGCGCCUUUACCCUCGUGACCCUUAUGCUCGUCUUUGGCAAGAAUAUCGAGACGAUCCUCAUCGGAAGACUUCUGCAAGGGCUCUCGGGUGCCGUCGGUACCAUUCUCGUCGGAGGUACCUUUUCGGACAUUCAUGACGAUGCAGAGCGUGCGCUGCCAACGUCCAUCUUCACCUUUUGCGCCAUCAUCUCCACCGUAGGCGCACCGCUGUACGCCCAGUACAUUGCUCAGUACACCGAGCCAGGCUGGCGAUGGAUCGAACGAGUACAGAUCAUCCUCUCGGGACUUGUCUUUCUCUUGGAGGCUCUCCUCUUCAAGGAGACGAGAGGUUCUGCCAUCCUUGCUGCCCGCGCCAAGAAGCUCAGGAAGGACACUGGCGACGAUCGCUUUCGCGCUCCGGGCGAAGUGGAGAAGCAAGGACUUGCGCAACUCUUCCGCGAGUCGAGCUUGCGAGCUGUGACGCUGCUGGUCAAGGAGCCGGUGGUGUUCCUGUACGGAGCCUACAUUGCCCUUGCCUGGGGAGUGGUGUUCCUCUUCCUAUCCGUCAUUCCGCUUACCUUUGGUAAUUUGCACGGCUGGACCACGGGUAACAUCGGCCUCGCCUACAUUCCCCUCAUCGUGGGAUGCUUCCUCGGCUUCUUUACUGGUCUGUGGCAAGACUGGAUGUACGCUCGCAAGACAAAGCAGAACAGUGGCGUCGGCGUACCAGAGGCACGUCUGUACGGUGCUAUGAUCUUCAGCCCGCUCUUCGCAAUAGGCAUGAUGAUCUUUGCCUGGACCGGAGCGUAUGCAGACGUCUCCUACUGGGGCCCCCUCAUCGCCGAGUGCGCCAUUUUGCUAGGCAUCUACCACGUCUUCCUCUCCGUCUACUCUUACACCGGUGACGCCUACCAAGAUCUGGCCUCUUCGGCCAUUGCCGGGCAAGGCUUCCUGAGAAACAUGUUUGCAGCCGUCACACCGCUCUUCGGCACGCAGAUGUUCAACGGUAUGGGCAUUCAGUGGGCAGGCACCAUGCUCGCCCUCUUGGCCGCUCUCCUCGCUCCUUUGCCAUUUGUGCUCUUUGCCAAGGGGGAAACCAUUCGAGCCAAGUCCAAGUACGCUGCACAGAACAAGGGCGCUGCCGAGGAAGGUUUGAAGAAGAAGAGAGAUGAGGAAGCUAGCCCGCCGGGACUACAGGGAGAGACGGAAAAGGAGGGCGGAAAGGUCGCUGUUUAGACGUGCCAGCGGCAGUCCCAUUGUGUACUUAGUUCAUCCUUUAUAGACUUCUAUCCAUUUGAGCGGACGAGCUAAUGACGACGAAUACCGCACGU